AGCACCGCCAACAAUUCAGACUUAUCUGUGAUAUAUUGUAUUAAUCGUUUAGAAAAGGCUUACAAAUAUUGGUUGAGAACAUUGUUUGGUUUGAGAGAACUUUCCUAUAUUCAUAUAUCGGAAACUAAAUGGAAUUGCUCUACAUGCACUCUUACCGAAUCUAUUUUACAUGCAUACGGCCUUAAAACUGGAUUCUGUAGUUCACCACACUUGAUCUCUGCGACUCACAGAACAAGAAUCAAUGGUAAACCAAUAUUGAAAGAAAAAUUUACUCAAUAUUUUCGGUCAAUCUAUGGUAAGUUGCAGGAUGCUGAGGAUUUUGAAAAUGAUAUACCUGCAUAUUUCAAAUUCCUAAUUAUGUUAGCAUUUCACGUAUUCCUUGACGAGAAGGUGGAUGUGGUUAUUUUAGAAGGGGGUAUUGGUGUUGGUUGUACUAAUAUCGUUCCGAAUACCAAGACGGUAGGAAUAACUUCACUCGACUUGGGGCACACAAAUUGUUUGGGUAAAACAUUGAAAGAAUUUGCUGGACAAAACGCAGGUAUUAUAAAACCAGAGCCGGCAGGAUAUACUUCCCGAUUUUGA